AUGUUUUUUGGAAAGCAACUUUUUGCGAUCGCUGCAGCUUCCCUGUUUACUGUCAGCAGCGGCCUUGUCAUUCAAAAGAGAGAUUCAAAUGCGUUUCACGCUCUUAACUACGGUAUCGAUCAGAACGACUGUCCUACUUUGAGCUACAUCAAGCAACAGCUCACUACGCUUAAAGCUUAUACUACCCGAAUUAAAACAUUUACUGUUACUGCCUGUGAUGAAGGCAAUCUCGUCAUGCAAGCUACCCAAUCACUUGGUCUUCGUAUUUACUUGGGUAUAUGGGUUGGUUCAGAUGCCAAUGCAUUUGAAGCUGAGAAGACUAAAUUGAUCGAAUUGGCCCACGCAUACAGCUUUAGCAAUGUAGAUGGCAUUGUCGUUGGAUCCGAAGCACUUUACCGUGGUGAUGUUAGCCCAGAAACCUUGGCCGGCUAUAUAUCUGACGUUAAGAAGUCUCUCAGUGAGGCUGGAGUGAAUGUUCCAGUUGCUACAGCUGAUGUCUAUUACAAGUGGGACCCUGCCGUUGUCGCUCAAGUUGACUUCUUGAUGAUGAACGCUUUUCCAUAUUGGGAAGGAGUCACUGUUGAUAAUGCUGUUAGCACAUUGUUUAACCACUAUGACCAUGUGAAAUCACUCUCAACCGGCAAACCUGUGGUGAUUGGUGAAACUGGAUGGCCCACUCAUGGAGCUAGCUUUGGAGCUGCCGUUGCAUCCGUUCCCAAUCAAGAAACUUACUUGAAGGGUGUCUUAUGCCAGGUUCGCCAAAAGAAUAUCGAUUUGUGUUGGUUCGAAGGCUUGGAUGAGGCAUACAAAGGCUCUGACGUUGAAGGCAAUUGGGGAUUUUUGGAUGCCAGUGGUAAUCCGAAAUCAAGCGAUUAUACGUCCAUCUUCCAAAACCCAUGCUAAAUACUUUUAACCAUUGUGUAUCCACGCAUAAUGGAGAAUAUAGAUGAGAAUAAGUGUACCAACAUUAAGCAUAAAUAUAUGAAUUUUACGAACAGCCGCGUUCAGUAUAAAUUUCC